CAGACAAUGCAGGCUUCAGCAACGGGGGGUGCACACACACACACAGAGCCCAGGUUAAUCUCUGAUUUGACGUUUGAAUUCCCAGUAGGAAUUCUGUCUCACCCAGGAGCGAGCAGUCUGAUCACGUCUGCGUGCGGUUAUUGAUUAACGCCGGGGUUCUUAGCUGCAUUUCCGGGGGGUGGUGUUUUUAAAGCUGCUGUGUAUUGCAAUCAGGAGAGUGAAUGGAGUGAGAGAGAGGGUUGCUGAUCUGUAUUCUGAUUAUGCAAAUCUGAGAAAGAGAGAGAGAGAGAGAGACUGGAGCUUUGUGUGAGCUAGCCUUUACUGCUCUCGCUGGCUGCAUCUCUGUCUGUUCCUGGGUGGGUGCAAGCAUAACUCCCCCUCAAUCCUAACCCUCCCCCUUUCCCAUGUCUUAAAAGUCUUGGGGGGGGGGACCCAGCCAAGGUACCGGGAGGGGCUGUAGCAGCAGCUCAGGAGUUCUGCACGCUCUCUAAGACAGAAAAACACAGAAACAUCUCCCCACUUCUCACUGAGUGGGACUAUGAGAGAACAGGGCGCCGGGAAAAUGACUUUCCCCCUCCAGUUGUUGCUGCUGUCUCUCGCUGUCGAUAUUUCCUGGGGUUUGUGCCCGGAAAAGGAGCUGGAGAGUAGGGAAGAAGAGGCGAAUGUGGUCUUAACGGGAACGGUGGAGGAGAUUAUGAACGUGGAUCCCGUGUACAACACCUACUCCUGUAAGGUACGUGUCUGGAGAUACCUGAAAGGCCGUGAGACGGUGAAGAAUGAGAUUCUCCUGGAUGGUGGGAAUAAAGUGAUGAUCUGUGGCUUCGGCGACCCCUUAAUCUGUGACAACCAGGUUUCCACGGGCGACACCCGGAUAUUCUUUGUCAACGUGGCACCGAAGUCGAUGUGGCCUGCUCACAAAAACGCGCUGAUGCUCAGCUCCAGCCUGAUGAGGAUUACCCUUCGAAACCUGGAGGAGGUGGAGAACUGCGUGGAAGACCUGGUUUAAUUUGCAGCAGCAAGCUCGCACUUGAAGAUUCCAAACCUGCAAUUUUUCUUGAUUUCAGGUGGAUAUGUGCUCAGCUGCCUUCAAAACCACUAACAGGCAUGGAAUCA